AUGACAGAAAACCUCCUCUGUAACGCGCUUCGGGAUACUUGGUACGGCAUCUGCACCUCAGAAAAAUACGGAAACGCCAUGAACAAAUUCAUUCGAACCAUCAAUCACACUGUAAAGACCUGGGAGUGCUUGGCCGUUGGUCUCCUUGCCCUCGAUCUCGCAAUCACCCUUUACGGCCUCAGCGCUGAGAUCUCAGACGCCGUCAUCCCCGUCCCCGACGAGGUCGCCAUCAUCGCGUUCACCGAACUUCUGGUCCUCAUUCAGCUUUUGCAGAUGCUCCUCCCAGUGUACCCCGCGGAAGAGUUCGAGAUGUUCGCCAUUCCGCAGCAGCUGAGAGAGAAGACUGUUUGCAGAUGGGUGAGCGACGUUUUCGGCCUGCAGGAGACUGAGUUCCAUCAAAGACGCCGCCAGACGAAGGAGAAUGAACUCAAGGCCUUUGGUGUCUUUCUCAUCCCUGUCGCAGCCGCUGUUGUAUGGAAGUGGAGGAGGGUUCGUCGUCGUCAGAGGGAGAUGGCGAGAGAUGAGCAAGCGGCGCUUGUGGCUCAGGCCUUUCGCAUCCGGGACGCUCGGGGAAGUGAUACUUAA